AUGUCCGACCCUCUCGCGGAUCACCCGGACCUCUCUGCCCUCACCGGCUCCCCCGGCCAGAAGCGCAAGCGAGAGCACGAGAGUCCCGGGCAGCGUCACAAGCGCAUAGCGCCCCCAGCCAGCAUGACGGCCGCUGAUACGGCCGAUUUCAUCCAGAAUGCAAUCGAGGCCACCAAUGCUGCCGCCACAAACGGUGUCAACGUCGCCGACUUUAAUGCCCUGCAGCAGGCAACCCACGGUGACCACACCGACCACGCCGGCAAUGAUGCUACCACCACAGCGCAGGCCGCCCUCGGCAUGUAUCCCACUCUGCAUGUGCCUCCCUCGACCGAGGAGCAGUUCGCCGCCCAGACUAGCGACAAUGGCGACCAGCCGCACGAUCAUCAUGCCUUUCCUCCAGACAUGACGCACGACAUGAUGGACCCAGUCGCCCACCAGCCCCAGAACGGGGUCCAGCAGCAACAGCAGCGCCACUACUCUGCAUCGUCACAGGGAGGCAACCCCAAGCCGCCUGUGGGAUCCGACGAGUGGCACAAGCUGCGCAAGGAUAAUCACAAGGAGGUCGAGCGCCGUCGCCGCGAGACCAUCAACGAGGGCAUCAACGAGCUGGCCAAGAUUGUCCCCGGCUGCGAGAAGAACAAGGGGUCCAUCCUGCAGCGCGCCGUCAGCUUCAUAUCCCAGCUCAAGGAGAAUGAGCAGCAAAACAUUGAAAAGUGGACGCUCGAGAAGCUGCUUACGGAGCAGGCCAUCACGGAGCUAAGCCAGUCCAAUGACAAGCUCAAGCAGGAGUGCGAGCGCCUGUACCGCGAGCUCGAGACGUGGAAGCGCGUCGCCCAGAAUGCAGGCCUCGAGCCGCCGCAGCCCAAAGAGGAGCCCAGCGUCACGGGCUAG